UUAAUUAUACACUCUAAACAUUGAAAUGAGUUCGCAUUUCACUUUUAUUUUGUUAUAUUUUAUCUAAAUUUAUUAACUUGAAAAUCACUUAGCACGCUCAUUUUUGAAAAGGUUAGAUUGUUUACAAAUAUGAGGAAAACGAGCGUUGCCACAUCUUAAACACGAAAUAUGUAGGAUUUUCAACGAUUUUUCUUUGUUUGUAUUUUCGCUUUUUUCUUUUGAUUGAUUGAAGAUGAGGAAUGCACCGUGACCUUUGGUCUAUUGUGCCCUCUCCUAACUUACAUAGACUCACCUAGCCCCAGCGCAUUGAUGAAGUUCAAUAGACUUCCGGGCGCUAAUGAGGCUAUGCGAUCCCUAUCCGGAAACAUUGAUCCAAGGGCCUUUGUCCUGCGUCUACAGAGUUCUGUGCAGUCGAUCAGCAGAUGCUCCGGGGUUUCAGGCUCCAAGUCGCAGAACCGGCAGUUAACGCAAGAGGAUAGGCCCAUGUUUAACAGAUGCCUAUUCAACUUGCAGUGGCCGGUAUACCAUGCGACCAGUGGCCUGAGUUUGUUCCUGGGGAGGUUUAUUACAACCUUGAACCUACUCAAGUUGUAUCCUCCGUGUUUGCUGCUAAUGCUCUUCCCUGCCCACUCCUUCUUCCUCGCGGAGUAGCUCCUUUAUGGUAUGUGGACCUACCUCAAUAAAGGGUUCGAGUCCCACCAUCUUGGUGGAAGCUGCGUAGCGGGCUAGCUCGUCCGCCAGUUCAUUACCGGCUAUACCUCUGUGACCAGGCACCCAAAUUAGGUGUACCUGGUUACGUUCUGCAAGGCUGUUCAGCCUUUCCCUGCCCUCCUGCACUAAUAGCGGUUUGAUUUCGUAAGAGGAGAUCGCUUUUAGCGCCGCUUGACUAUCGCUAAGAAUGGCUGUUCUCUCUUUGCGAUAGUUGCGAUGGAGGUUUAUUUCUAUACACCGACUUAUGGCAAAAACUUCUGCCUGGAAAAUACUGGGGAACUCGCCCAUGGGUAUGGAGAGCUUAGUGCGUGGGCCCGCGAUCCCUGCAUCGAUUGCCUCCGACAUUUUCGAGCCAUCAGUGUACCACCUCAGCGUGCUAUUCCUCAACAUCAGCUCGAGAUUGGAGUCAUUCCACUCCUCUUUGCUGCCGAGGGUGACCUUAAACUUCUUGAAGUUAACUGUUUUGGUAGUGCUGUCCCUCGGAAGGAGGACUGAUGGUACAUCGCCACUUAUCUUUUCCAUCCUCUGGGACGAGAUUACCCUGCCUUUGCCCCACCCCUCUGCCGUUAUUUGCAGAAUUGUGUGCUUGGCUACGUGACCAAUAACCAAAUGAAGCGGAGUAAGUUCCAGCAGAACCUCCAGUGUUGGCGUUGGACAAGUGCGCAUUGCGCCCCUCAUGCAGACACAGGCUAGCCGCUGCAGCUUCGAUAGUUGGUCUUUACCGAAGUCUGCGACGCUAUUGAGGCCCAGGCCACCGCCCCGUAUGUGAUUAUUGGUCGCACUAUCAUGGUGUACAACCACCUAACGAUCCUUGGCUUACAGUCCCAGGACUUUCCCGCCAGCCGAUUGCACACCAUUAAAGCUUUUGUUGCUUUGACCAAGUUAUAUGCUGCUUCCACCGCAGAGUAGCAUCAAACCUAGGUAUUUGACACUGCUGGUCAUCCCUAUCUCUCUGCCCCCAAGUGUGAGAUUUCUGAGACCGGGUAGUAACCUGCGUCUCGUAAAUGGGUCUACGGUCAUCUGGGAGGAAUUGAUAUUUAAUUCAACCUCCGUGGACCACCUCUUCGUCAGGUUUAGACCUCGUUGUAUUAGGUCACAGAGAGUGUCUUCGUAUUUACCUUUUGCUAUAAUUACAAUGUCGUCCGCAUACCCUUGGCAGCGGAUCCCAUUGUUCGUUAGCAGUACUAACAGGUCGUCUACGACCAGACUCCAUAGCAGGGGUGAUAACACCCCUCCCUGUGGGCAGCCUCUUGUUGUGCCAAGACGAAUCCUCCUAUCACCUACUGUGGUCUCAGCAACUCUGGUGCGCAGUACGGCGUCAAUCCAUCUACGCACCGGUGCUGCCACAUUCCUUUUCUCCAGUGCCUUGGCUACACUUUUAUGAGACGUGUUAUCAAAGGCACCUUCGAAGUCCAAGAACACGCAAAGCAUCACCUCUCCAUGCUCCAGUGAACUCUCUAUCUCAGAGUUUUUUCUUUUUGAACUAUACAAAAUUCUGUAACAUUUUUAAAGCUGUAAUUGAUUAUGUAAAGUACUCGUUUAAAAGUUGGCAGCCUUUUGCCGCGCUCUAAAAUAUUACCCUAAUAGAGCCAAUACCCGCGGUGACUGAAGCUUAUUAUAUUUACAUAAGAAGAUAUUAUAUUAUCAAAUAUAAUUUAUAUACUCUUGUUUUAAUUAGAACUAAUAGCCCGGACAGACGACAGCGCUAAUAUGCAUUAGCGGGUUUAAUUUACAUUUAUUUGCUCAUUUGACCCAUGUUAAUGCAAGUUUGUAAUGUACAAGAAUUUCGUGCAUUUAGCUGAAUUUACCAAAUUUGAGUAGGCAACACUGCUCAAAAAUGGCCGAUUUUUGCUAAUUUUUGACGGAUGUCGCUUGAAGUCUGCUACCUCCUUUGCGUUUACAGCAUCAGAGGUAAGCAGUUUUAUAUAUUAUAACUGAUUUUACCAAAUUUGAGUAGGCAACACUGCUCAAAAAUGGCCGAUUUUUGCUAAUUUUUGACCGAUGUCGCUUGAAGUCUGCUGCAUCAGAGGUAAGAAGUUUUAUAUUGCUAAUUAAAUUAUGUGCAAGUAACAAAAACAAAUUUUAAUAUUUUUAGAUGGCAGAAAAGAAACAACGCACAGUUUCUAUUAAUAAUGUAUCUUAUUCAUUUUUAUUUCACUUUUUUUUUUAAUAAAUAAACAAAUUUCACCAUCAGCUGUCUAAAUGCACAAGUCUGCCAUCUGUCACCAUAAAAUUUCAAAACACAUUAGCGUUGCUUAAGGCGCAUUAAUUUUGCUCGUCUGUCAGGGCUGUUAGAUUGCUAAAUAAGGAAAGAGGAAUUGUAGCGAAAAAGAGAAAUUUUAGCGAUUUGCUCAUAUUUGCUUAUUAUCAGCGCAGCGCUCCAUUUCCUCAUAAGUGUUAGCACAUAAAUGAUGCUCAGACGAGUGUAAAAAGUAAAUUUUAAAAUAUAGAUUUCUUUCUUAUAAAACCUGCAAACUGAACUGCGAAAUAUUAUUGAACUGUUAUUUAACCAAAAACUUGGGCGUCUGCUGCUAUAUCCGGCAAUCCGAAUCAACAUACGCCAACACAAUCGCUUGCGACAUAGGUAAGAGCCAGGUACCGCUGCUGGCCGCAGUGGCUGGGCAACGCACUUAUGCGACAGCAGAAUGUUGCAAUGUAAACAAAGUGAAUUGCAUCGUUCUUCCAUUCAUAAACGAAAAGUGUAUUCUUAUGACAUAAACGAAAAAUGCAAUUUUUAUGUGUUAACUACUCCCCCAAGCUCCUGACUUGCUUAGCACUGGAUCGUGGCUGAUGAUGUCGCCACUUCCCCUGGCAAUAUGAUUAACACUCGCGUAGAUUUACAUAUCUUGUACCGUUGAUUGUGGCUGAAGAGAGGAAGGAUACGACAUGUGUCCCGUUUGUAGUAAUCUCCGGACCUAACAUUCGCAGUGCUCUCGUUGAUAAUAAUAAUGCCGUCAUCGACUUGUGUUAUAUGCUUUAGGUGGUUUGGCUGAGUGCGGCAUAGGGCUGUGUCCCCGGCGCGCAAUGCUCAUACGCAGGUGUCUUGCGCUGCCAAUUUACAGAUGGCGGUAUAGGUUGUCGUUAAGCAUUCAUUUACCGCUAGUACGACAUCGUUGCAUUCAGUAUGGUAUCAUCAUGAUUUCAAAUCAUUAUGGUCAAAAAUAGUGGGAUCUAUUAUAUCCGCCUUAGCUAGUGUAAUUGUGAGUAUCAAGUUCAAUAUUUGAUUUAUUAAUAUUAUAUUUCUUGCUAAUAGUGUUUCAUACAAAUGCAGUGCGUCAACAAAUUAAUUUUUUAGCUUUAAUUAUUUCGUUUACCGUGUCCGUAAGUUUUUUAAUUUCUGUCGGUGUUUGUUUAUUAGAAAAUACCUUAUUAUUGUUUGCAUCAAUUAAAUUUGUUUCGGACCACCUUAAUUUUUAAAAUCAGAGGCAUCAAGCGUGCCUGCUAUUACCUUGAGUGUUGAGCCGAAGAAGUCUAAACUUCCUGCCAUUCUGUGGUGCACUUUUAAGGUUGGUACGCAGCACGGUAGAGGAGGAGUAAGGUCACUAUCAGCUGAUGUUAUGUAAACAAAGGCACAGCUGAGAGGUGCCACUGUAGAAACGUCAAGUGUAGUCCGGGGUUGAGUUUCUAUUGGAAUCCAAGAUGGCCGACUUUUAACCGGAAAAUGGUUGCAUUGUGUUGUUUUCUUAAAAUUUAUGGAUAAGUUGUCCCAAAAAUAUUGGUUAUAUAUAAAAGUUUAAUAUAUUUUCAAAAGAAAAUCGUUUUAUUUUAAUAUAUAUUCCUAAGGAUGAGAACAAUAUGAGCUAUGAUUAUACUCAUUCACAGCCAUAUUUACAUUUUUGCAAGGCAAUUUGUUUGAGUUUAUUUCAUGGUUAAAUGCUUUACGAUGGCUUAUUUAGUUAUUUGAAUCUGGAAGAAGUGUGCAAAUUUCCCUUGAGACGAUAAAUAACAGAUCGGGUUGGGAUUUUAUUGCAAUAAAAGUACGGAAUAACUAAACAUGGCCUCGUUAAUACUGCUGCGUAAUGGGUCAGGUGCUGUUCCAAUUUUAUGAUUUAAGAGAUGUAAAAGCGAUACGCGAUGCUGUAAAGUACUCAAAUGUAUUUAUGAACUUAGUUGGUCGUGAAUUCGAGACAAAAUUUUAAAUUCAAUGUCGUGCUUGUGGAAGGUGCAUGUCGCAUUGCUAGGUAAGCUAAAAUUAAACUUUAUUUCAAAAGAUUUACCAUGUAUUUUUUUUUUAUAGAAUCAGCAAAGAAGCUGGUGUAGAACGUUUGAUUAUUUGUCUGCUUUAAACGCUGGUCCCAAACCAAUGAGCUUUGUGUUUGAGGGUGGAAGUAACUUUUUGAAGAGCAAAUACUCCGGUGAGCACAUUCGGAUGUUGUACGAGCUAUUGUCAAUUGCGCUUAGGAUACCGAUACUGCUGGUCAGCUUUAUCAAGUUGUUGUACCAAUGCGUUACCAGUUGAGCGAAUUAAUUGACUGGUUUCAUCGUGUUAUGCGCAAAAAUGAAAAAUGGUGGGAUACCGUCGUUAAGACAUGCGUUGCGAUCCUACCUUCUUAUUGAAAGCCAAGUUCACUGAGCGUAUCUGUCCUGGACAACCUAUUGGUGAGCUACAUACGGAACGUAUCGAUCGCGAAUGUAUUACCGAUGUCGUUCCCUCCGACAUACCGUGGUUGAAGAAUUUUGGUAUACAAUUGACCUCCAUGGAAGAGCAAGUACCAUGGGAAUUGUGACCAUAUCGUGCUGCGCAAUAUUAUGAUGCCGAAUUGGGAGAGUGGGGGGAACCAGCUCAACCAAAACCGAUAGAACAUCGGGAAGAACUACGCAAAUAAUAAACAACACUCAUCAAAUGAAAGUUGGCAGUGUUGGUGACCAAGCAGCGAUUUGAAAAAGAAACAUUUGCAUCUACGCGAAUUACAAUUCGUCUUUACAUCUAGUGAAUUAUGGUCGAUUAUGAAUGGUGUGGAAGUUGAUAUUUAAACUUAAAAAAACAAAUAAAUGUAAUUUGGCUAAUAAUGAACCGCUAUUAAAAAUUAAGGAAUUUGAGUUGUGUUUUUAAUUGGGCCAAACAAGUUAUUAUCGAUUUGAAUAAUUUCAAACUGGAUUAUAUUUCGAAAAAUCAUUUAUUUUUUUAAAUACUAUGCCAGUAUUGCUACUGAGCAUGGCAAAAUAGUGUUGCGUAAGCUAAUUUAAACUACUUUUUACUACUAUAUAGAUAUUGCAAAUUCAAAAAAUAAUUUUCUUUAAGAAUCCUUUUUAUUUAAAAACUUAGCUUAGAACUAAAAAAUAAAGUGGUAAAUCUGUUAGGAUAAUCAAACACUCCAUUUGGGAACGAGUAGGUUCCUGAUCUGACAUAUAAAACGUGUAUGUAGUGAUUACAAAAAUUUAUACUUAAAAUUCAGAAAACAUGGCUAUUAUAAUUAUCUCUUGAUUUAUCUUACAGUAAAAAAUUGUGUUUUACUGUUCAGACGAAUUAUUAUGAUAUGUAAUACCAAAUUUUUCUACAAUAGUUAUCUCUUUUGGUACACUCAUUAUCAAAAAUAAUUUUCAAUUUGUCCAUGAAUAAAUUAACUACAACGCUUAAAAAUAUAUAUGUAGCAUAUUUAUUUAUAUCAAGACAUAAUUAAAUCUUUUGAUAACAGCAUUAAACUUCAUUCUAUAACAAAAAUUGAAAAUAGUAUUUAUACAUGUACAAAUAUAGUACUAUAAAUUUAAAAUUUUAUAUUAUAGCAUUUUCGCUUUCUGCAACCCGUUUUGACCUCUCGCCACCCUUAUUCACCAGAGGUGGCCAUGAUGUUUUAUUUUGAACGUACACUUGAGGGGUAGGUUAAGGACUGUGAAUGGCUCUUUUUUCUAUUGUGAAUGGGACUUUCCCUACUCCUCUAUACCCUGGUACGCAGCUCUCAAGUAAUUGCUCAAGAAAAAAAAAUACAUUAUUUCUCAAGUAACUUUGACAGCUGGUUACGCAUUGUGAAUGAUCUACAUUAGAAGAACAAGAGAAAAUAAACAAAGAAAACAAGCUUUGUGCGUAAUAUGUAUGUGUGUAUGUGUAUGGUAACUUAAAUAUUUUCAUUGAGAUUUAAGAAAUGUUGUUGAUGAUUGGUAGGUUUUAUACAACAUUUCAAAAUGGAAUAUACUUCAUAAUAAUGAUUUCAACUAAUUUAGGAUGAAUUUGACGAUUACUUCGAAUUUCCUUCAAGAAACAAUUGUUGAUUUGAUGUUUCUUCGCAAAACCAGGUUUGCCAUAUUCACAUUUUACUGAAAAAAAGCAUUUCAAAUUAGUACUAGAUUUCUUAAGAGCUGCGUACUAGCACAAGUAAAUUUAUCGCAGGAAAGUUUCUUGACCGUUUCUUAAGCGUUUUUAUAAGAAGUUUUUACGUUUCUUGAGAGCUGCGUACUAAGCUUUAGUACAGACAAUAAUUUCUAAUAUGUAUGUAUGUUCUGUUUCCAUGUCUAGCAGUUUUUGCAUGUGUGACUGAGGUUAAUUUUACCGUUUCCACUGUUAUGUUAACAAGGUCUGUUAAAUUGGUUGAGUGUCUUUGGCCCCUAUUAUGAGUUGCAUUCGAUCUUCGACAACGAUCGAAAAUGCUGGUCGAACGAAUUUGCAUUUGGUAUUACGACGCUCAUUCGAUGAAGAUUGGCGUUAUUGUGAAUUGCAAUCAUUUUGAAUGUUCACGAUAGUAUACAUCUGUCAGAUGGUGUAAAAACUAAAAGCGUUUUGUUUACGAAGUGUGGAAGUAAAACUAACUAAUAUUUUAUAAAUAAAGAAAAUAUAAAUAAAAGUUAAAAUAAAAUAUGACUACGACUGAGUUGUGGUUUGGCGAUUCUUCAGAGGAGGAUGAAAGCUUACUGGAAUUGGCUAGAAAUAGAAAGAAGCUAAGGGACGCUUCCAACCCUUUGGAAUUAGAUUCCGCUACAUUUAUAGAAAACUUCCGUUUGUCGAAAGAGGCGUUUGUUGAUUUGCUGUCCGCUACAGAGGAGAUGCUGCAGCGAUGCACACGAGCGAAAUCUAUUCCCAAUAUACUAAAAUUGGCAACAACUUUACGAUUUUGUGCUCAGGGAUCGUAUCAACUUAGUAUAGGGAAUGAAAACAUGCUUGGACUUGCACAGCCCACGGUGUCUGUGGUACUAUCUGAGGUACUCGAUGCCCUGGAGAAUUUCAUUUGCCAAAGAUGGAUAAAAUUCAAUUAUACCGAGGCUGAAAUGCAACAAGCAAAAUCUCAUUUUUAUAGCAAUACCAGAUUUCCUGGGGUAAUCGGUUGUGUUGAUGGUACACACAUCAAAAUUGUGGCUCCCAAAAAGGAGUUGCAGCAUUUAUAUUACAACAGAAAAGGAUUCUUUAGCAUUAAUGCUAUGAUUGUUUGUGAUCAUACAAUGAUCAUACGGUAUAUAAAUGCAAAGAAUCCGGGGGCAACGCAUGAUUCGAUGAUUUUCAACAUGUCAGCAUUGAAAGCAUAUCUAGAACAGCAAGUCGAAAAUGGUCUUCGCAAUACUUGGCUACUUGGAGACGCUGGAUACGCUCUAAAAACAUAUUUGAUGACACCUUUUAGAAAUUCUGAAGAAGGAUCUCCAGAAAGCAGAUACAAUACACAACAUUCGAGAGCAAGAAAUAUAGUAGAGCGCACUAUUGAAGUGUUGAAAAAUAGAUUCAGAUGUUUGUUACAAGCAAGAGCUCUCCACUAUUCUCCAAAAAAGGCGACACAAAUUAUUAAUGUUUGUGCAGCUUUACACAACAUUUGCAUAUUUUAUAAAGUCGAAAUUUCUCCUGAAGAAUUUCCUAAUGAGGCAAACGACAGUCAUGGUGGAGUCAUUGAAGUUGAAUCUGAUAACGACUCGGAAGCAGCAGCAAUUAGAAAUCGUAUAUCAAGAACGUUUUAGAUAUAAUUAAAAAAAAUUAAUUAGAAGGCUUAUUUAUUCAAAAUAUUUAUUAUGGAAUUCAUUGUUCAUGUUUAUCUACGUAAUAAAAAAUACUCUUUGACAAAAAAUAUCACAUAAUUCAUU